UUUAAAUUCUGGAAUUUUGAUAACUACACUUCCAUGUUUAUGAUUGAUAAAUUUUGAAAGGAAAAGCAUCUUUCAACAAUGUCUUACCGGAGGUCUUGUCACGCAAGCAGGCGUGUUGCUAAACUCAGUUCAUUGGCUCUUACCGAUUGUGUAUAAUUGAAUGGGCGCUGUUCUGUGGCAACCACCGCGUUGCGCUUUGAGAAAAAUGUAUGCCAGCUCACAUCACCUGCGUUUUGGUUAAUCCAUUGUCCUGCGCCUUGCUCAUGGACCUAUGUAAACGAGUGCUUCAAUUGAUUACAGCUUAUUUGCAGUUAGUGGUGUCCUUUCCCCGAGAAGUCUGUGACAUGCGAUUUAUUGCAUUUGGAGACUGGGGAGGUCUGCCUGAUCCACCUUAUGCAACAAUCGUUCAGAAAGCCAUAGCAGAUGAGAUGGGGAGAGUUGCGCAAUAUACAGGAACAGAUUUUGUAAUUAAUGUUGGAGAUAAUUUUUACUACCAUGGUGUGAAUGAUGUAAAUGAUUUCAGAUUUAAGGAGACAUUUGAGAAUGUGUUCACAGCUCCGUCCCUUGCCAAUAUUCCAUGGUAUAUUCUGGCAGGAAACCAUGAUCAUUUGGGUAAUGUUUCAGCACAGGUUGCUUAUUCUGUGGCCUCUAAGAGAUGGAACUUUCCAAAUCUCUACUAUGAAUUGGAUUUUAAGGUUCCUGAUAUCAGCGUUUCUGUCACUAUUCUGAUGAUCGAUACUGUUGUGAUUUGUGGAAACACCUAUGAAGCCAACCUGCCGGAUGGACCUGAAAAUCCCCAGUUAGCCAGGCAGCAGCUACAGUGGAUCCAGCAAAAACUCGCACAUUCCAGGUCUGACUAUUUGAUUGUUGCCGGUCACUAUCCAGUGUGGUCAAUAGGACAACAUGGUCCGACUCCAUGUCUGGUAAAUCAGUUAAGACCACUUCUAAAGCAGUACAAUGUGACAGCCUAUAUCAGUGGCCAUGAUCAUAGUCUGCAGUUUAUUCGUGAAGGUGAGGGGAUUGCCUACAUUGUCAGUGGAAGCGGGAGUUUCGUUGACUCAUCAACAAUGAACAAGGAGAAGGUUCCAAGCAAUUGGCUACAUUUCUACAACGCUGAGAUUGGUGCUUUGGGUGGAUUUGUACUGAUUCGAAUUACUGCAGAACAAAUGUUUGCAUCAUACAGACAGCCGUAUGGGAUGGUGGUUUUCCAAACUGCAUUACCAAGGCGCAACCUUUAAAUCAGGGGAGAAAAAAUGCCUUGAAAAGAAAUUGAUUUCUUGUAGAAUUGUUCAAAAUAUGCAUGCACUUCAACCAGUUUGUAGUGUCUAGGAGACUGAAUUCAAAAUUGAUUUUACUGUGGACUGUUAAUUGAUCUAUU